AGAACCUGACAUAGCAUCCCUGAGGAUGAUGGUUGGAUCCCUGGCCUUGCUCAGUGGGUUAAGGACCUGGUAUUGCCAUGAGCUGUGGUGUAGGUAACAGAUGUGGUGAAGAUCCUGCAUUUCUCUGGCUGUUGUAUUUGUUGGCAGCUAUAGCUCUGAUUCCACUCCUAGCCCUAGAACUUCCAUAUGCUGCAGAUGCAGCCCUAAAAAAGUUGAAAAAAAAAAAAAAAGAAAGAAAAAUCACAUUUGACUCUAUUACCAUCAGAUUCUCCACAGCUCUUGUUGUGGGACAUCUUCCUUGAUUUCUGGGCGCUUCGUUAUUUGUUUGAAAGGCCCUGCUGUCUUGACAGAUUCCUCAGGAAUUAGGCUUCCUCUUACCCAAAAGCUGUGCAAGACCCUGGGCCCUGGCCUGUGUCUGUGCCCUGGUCCUGACAGGGGGUUGUGUCUCUGCCUCUGUUGGAUAUGGGGGGACCAGCCCAGGCUCCCCAAUGCCAUUACCUUCAGCCAUUACCUUCAAGUUAAGAGUUGUUCAGAUGCAGCAGUCCUGGAAAUCAGUGUUGAUAACAUUCUGACAAUCUGCUCCCGUUCUUAGAGCUUCAAAGAAAUAAUUUCUGAGCAAGUUGGGUGUCCAUGGUAUAUGAAUGAUGAUUUCAAUUUCAGUCUUUACAUCAGGAUCUGCUUUUUCAGUAAAAACAGUGUUUGUUUGUUUUUUUCUGGGGGGGCGGGUGCCACACCUGCAGCAUGUGAAAUUUCCCUGGCUUGGGAUCAAACCUGUGCCAGAGCUGUAACCAGCAAUGAAAACACCAGAAACUUAACCUUCUGUGCCACCAAUGGAACUCCAAAAUCAUUUCUUUUUCAUGAGUGUCUAUUAAUUAUUAUUGUUGCACUUUGCUUCCAUUUCCAGCACUUAACCAUCACUGAGUAAACUGCAUUUAAUGUACUGCCUGUUGUCAUUUCCCAUGAGACUCUGCAGGAAGCUCUGUGGAGAUGUGAUGCUGGAGACCUUCAGGAACCUGGCCUCUGUGGGUCGCGGAGCCACGGCGAGGACGCCCGGGAGAGCCCAGAGCAAGGCGGAUAUGGGCUCUGUGGUCUUUGAAGACGUGGCUGUGAACUUCACCCUGGAGGAGUGGGCUUUGCUGGACCCUGCUCAGAGGAGGCUCUACAGAGACGUGAUGCUGGAGACCUGCAGGAACCUGGCCUCUGUGGAUUAUGAGACAUUGUCUAAAGCCAGCGAGUCAGUUGCUCAGCAGGAUACAUCUGAGGAAAAAAUCUGUCACAAACAGAAAAUAGCAAAAUUCACAAAAUAUAAUUCUUGUGCUGACAUUCUAGGAGAGUGUGGGGAAGAUCACAGUACUGGAGCUCAGAGAAACCAGGGCAGGCAUCUGAGAAAUCACAAUUUGGGCAGAUUCUGUAAACCUAGCGAAGGAAAUCAACGUGGAGAAACCUGCAGUCACAUUCCCACUCUUCACCUGUACAAGACUCUUUCUUCCAGAAUCAAACCAUAUAAAUGCCCCAGAUGUCAGGAGUGCAGUCAGGCCUGUGUCUGUCCCUCAAACCGAAGAAUGCACACCAGAGAGAAUGCCUCUGUGUGUAAGUUAUGUGGGAAAGCCUUUCCUCAUUCCUACUCCCUUGCGCAGCACAUCCUGAUUCACGCCACAGAGAGAAACUCUGAAGGCAGGCAGUGUGGGAAAACCCUCAGUGAGUCCUCCAGUCCUGCUAGACACGUGCAGACUCCCACUGGAGGGAAGCUGUAUCAAUGUAAGGAGUGUGAGAGAGCUUUCGUGUAUCCCUCCACAUUUCAAAGACACAUGAUAACACACAGUGAGAAGUCCCACAAAUGUGAAGUAUGUGGGAAAACCUUCCUUCAUCUCCAGUCUCUUCAAAGACAUGAAAAGGUUCACACUGGAGAGAAGCCCUAUGAAUGUAAGGCAUGUGGGAGAGCAUUCAUCUGGCCCGGAAGCUUUCAAGAACACAUGAGAACGCACACAGGAGAGAAUCUCUCUAACUGCGAAAACUGUGGGAAAGCUUUCACUUCUCUCAGAUCCUUCCGUGCCCACAUGGCAACUCAUACUGGACAGAAACCUUACGCGUGUCAACAGUGUGGAAAAGACUUCAGUUGGCUCUCAUCCUUUCAGAAACAUGUAAGAAGGCACCAUGAAGAGAAACUGUGA